AAUGGGAUAUUAUACAACAAUAUCAAAUACGGUUUAUAAGAAUCACAAGCUUUACACACCCACCCGCACCACCACGUUCCCUCUCGGCCAGUCUGCUAGACAACCCCCUCCCCUUCCCCACCUGUGAUCAGUAUAUUUAACUAACUUUAGUUUUUUUACUUGAUUUACACUAAUCAAAUUGCCCUCCUGUAAUGUCUAAAUAUAUUUUUAGGCAUUAAAAUAAAUAAAACUUUAUAUUUCUUCAGUGUUUGGAGACAUGUAUACUUACCACUUAAGUAAUGUGAUCUACUAGAAAACUCAAAUCUUUUUAAACCUGUCUUUUAAUUGUUAUUAGUAGUGUCAGGUUAAGUAUUAGCAUAAGUGUUAGUGUGCAAGUGUUAACCUAAAUAAAAGUAAUAGUUUGAUAUUGUGAUCCAUUACUCGUCCCCUCAAUACAAAUGUCAGUUAGCACAAAAACAUUUUUGUAGCAAUUGUAAAACACAAGUAACUAUAUUGUCCUGCUUAAACGUGUGGUAAUGUACUGCUGCUCUGACUAGUAGUGUCUGUCUCAGUCAAUGAUUACUAUAAGGAAAAGCGUCUGCUCGGUGCACCUUGGGAGUUCUCCCAGCAAAGCACUUUCAAAGCACAGGCUUUGUCUUAAACUACCAAGUUUGGAAUCGAUUCCAUUACACUCCAGUUGUAAGACAACUACACCAGCUACAUUAAGUCGAAUAAAAUGUAGUUUUUCUCCCUAUUUGUAAACAUGUCUAAUUGUUUCAGUUUCUGUUGCAUGAGACCAAAUGUUCCAGGAAAGACAAAUGAUCCUUCUCCCCCUUUCUAAUGUUUAAAUGCUUCCAUGUCUAGCUUAUCGUACCUCUGUAACGUCUUUCCAGAUGCUUUCGAGCUCAACUAUGUGUUUAGAAACCAUUAUCUGACUGAACUUUAUUUAUCUCUGCCAGCAGAACCGUCUGCUGUGAAAUAUAUUGAGGAGUCCACAAUGCUGGGCUUACAAAACAUGUCACAACUGGUAUUCUAUCCUAAGCUGUGUUUAUAUAUAUUAGGUGAAAUGUGGCAACUGUUUGAAAAUGUAACGUAUAGUCAGCUGUGUGUGUAUAUGUUAAGGUCUGUCCAGGAUCAAAGCAAAUUCACAAACACAUCUUAGCAAUAGUUUUGACCUACUUAGGGAAUGUUGCUGCUGAGACCCGGGUGCAUCAAUUACUGAAAUAAUGUUUUAAAACAAAACAGAUGAAUAAGAUUAACUAAGAUAAAAUAACCAUCUGAAGUAAUCCAAUAUGUCAUGCCAGUGAAGUGGACACUUGUGUGUCUUGGUUCCGUAAAGCAUAUUUAAAUCAAUGUAUUCCAAAAGGUUCUAGUCCAGUAUACUAAGAUAAAUAGAAAAAAUUGACUUACAGGAAAGAGAAUGACAUGAAAAUGUGUCAAAACUAUGAAAACAUUUGUUACAUAUUAGCAUUUAGGAAUGUCAGCACUAUUGGGCAAUGUUACUGACACCUAGAACCAUCCAAGAGUACCAUAGGACCAGCCACAAUAAAACCCUAAAAUGGUGUUGGUCAGAAUAUGUUUAUACCUACAUUACCUUAUACCAAAUUUAAAUGAAAAGAAAUGGUUAAGAGAACAGUUUAUAACCAAAUGCAAUGGAAAUACCGUUCCCACUAUUAAUACGUUUGUCAAACAGUGUUUAACACUAAGACCUAUCAGCUUUUGACAACAAUAAUUGGGCCCAACAAUAAUUGGGCUGGGGGUGACGAUGCAGCAUUAAGCUGGAUUCUACUGCUGAUUCAGUUUUAUGUAUAGUGCUUUACCAUUCUGUUCUGCUAUCAAACAACAAAAUCGGUUUUACCCACACAGUGCAGUUUGUGGUAAUUGUACAAGCACACAUUCAUAAUAAUGAUUGAAAACAUACAAACCCACAAACCCUCUGUCGCAAGCUGGCUUAUGGACAGUAUCAACACAGCUUCCUCACCACCCUUCCCCAGAGGUUUUCUGGGGGAGGGCUUCUUUGCCUCCUCCUCUGUCAGUAUGCACUUCCUCUUCUGAGACCAGAAGAACCAUAUGAGUCGUCAGCUUCAUUCUCUUCUGGUUAAAAAGAAAGAAAUUAAUAUAAAAACUGCUUUAGUGUUUAGUUGUUAUUGGAAGCUGCGAGUGGGGGAUUUCACAUUCAGUGGAAAUAGAGCGUGAUAUGAUUUGUUUGAGUCCCAGAUGACGCAGGGCAGAUGAAAAGACUCACCAUCCUCCCAAAGGUAAGACAGAGAGAGACUGACACUUGACACUGGGAGUCCGUGAAAGGAAGUCUCCAGAUUCCACAGAGGAUGGCCUUCACCAACUUCUAUGCUCACUUCUCUGAAAAGCAGCUGAUCUACACCAUCACUGUACCACUGUCCACCUCGAUCAUCCUGGCCAACCUCGUCAUCAUCCUAGGCAUCGCCUGUAACCGACAGCUCCACAAUACAACUAAUUACUUCUUUGUCAGCCUCUUGGUGGCAGACCUGUGCACAGGUGUAGCCCUGCCUUUAAUACCUUUAAUGGGCUUGAACCGGGAGCUGAGUUUUAGCUCCUGUCUGAUGGCUCAUGUUUUUCCAAACUUCCUCUUUCUGGCUUUUCUUUUCAACCUAGUAAUGGUUCACUAUGACCGCUACAUUUGCAUAGUCGACCCUCUGCAUUACAACACUUUAUGGAUGCGCCACAGCUUUCCCUUAGCACUGUUUGCUGUCUGGGUGCCUCCACUACUCUAUGCCUGUCUCCCGGCCUUCGGGUGGAAUAACUGGAGAGGACCGGAUUGGAACGACUGUUGUCAUGACCAAAAUGUCACUCUCCUUUCAAACUGUUCGGCAAACGGAACCGUCUGUUGCUCAUAUCGACGAGUCUUUCCCAACGCCUUCAUAUAUCUAGAAGUGUAUGGACUGGUCCUGCCUGCCAUCCUGCUCAUUGCUGGGCUGACUGGACAUGUCCUGAGCAUCACUCGCAGCCAGCUGAAGGACAUGUGUCGUCUGCAUCGUUCUGUGGAUCGGAGCAGUAAGGUGUCAGACAAGGAGCACAGGUUGAAUCUGCGUUACACACGCUGCGUGGUGGCUGUGUCGCUGACUUUUCUUGCCUGCUGGGUGCCCUAUCUCAUUUACAUGCAUGCCUGCAUAGUAUUUUUGAUUAGCGACACAAAGUGGAGCUCUACCACUCACAUUGUUCUGUCGUGCACUGGCAUUGGAAGCAUGGCAGUGGUACCACUUGUGCUGGGUCUUUCCAACAAGCAGUACACUGAGCCAGCUAUCAAGCUCUUGAAGAAAGUCAGAGGCAGGUGGAGAAGAAGUACGCAGGAAUCACAGCGAAAAUGACCCCUGAGGAAAACGUGUACACUUUUCAGGUGAACACAAAGUUCUGUGUCAUGCAGAAUGAUGGUUCUCUGAGAUUGAGAUUAAUAUUUGAGAAGGACAACGGAGAGAGUCUCUGGGGUUUAAGGUUAGGACUCACUGUGUUGAUAAAGAAGUUGUACAAUUCAUAUUUUUAGCAAAGG